GUAUCCGACUGGCCGAUUUUGUGCAUCAAUUACUUGCUGACGGGACGCUUAUAUUCAUUGUUUUCCUACAUCCAUUGAUGAAACAUGUGGUUCUUCUUUCUGAUAUCGUGGUUAGCAACUGCAGUUCAAGUAUGCCUCGCUACACUCGCUUUAGCUGCUGGGCUGUAUUACAUGGCAGAACUAGUUGAAGAAUAUACAGUCGUGGCUGCAAAGUGUAUCAGGUGGCUUCACAUAGGUACAGCAGCAAUAUACAUUGGUCUUAUUUUGUUUGAAGACCUACCCUACUCUCUCACCCUUGUGGGACUGUUCUCUGUCUUCAUGUACUCUCUUAUGCUGAAGAACUUCCCUUUCAUCGAGCUUACAUCACCCCCGUUUAUCGUCAGCUGUGUUCUGGUAAUUGUGAACCACUACAUGGCAUUCAGCUACUUUGCAGAUGUUUGGCAUCCAUUUUCAGAGGUCUUGGCCUACUUCACACUGUGUCUAUGGUUGGUUCCAUUCGCAUUCUUUGUCUCACUGUCAGCGGGAGAAAAUAUACUGCCAACAACACAAAAACCAGAAACAGGAAAAGACGAUGUUGUUUCAAGCUACUUCAGCAAAAAGAGCAAGAGGAACGGUCUGCUAGCUGGUUUCAACUUUGUCAAGGAAUCGGUCCUGCCUGAGCGUAGCAAAGCAUUUUGAGUGUGAGAGGAGCCUACCGAACUGUUCUCUACACAGAGAUGCUGUUAUGUAGGACAGAAUUAAUCUACCCUUAGCAUUACCAUGGUACUCUACGCUAGCACGACUGAAUGCCUAAUUUGCAAAUGCCUGUGUGGUUUUCUGAGCGUCUGCCUCUUGUUAACGUUUGUGAAACAGUAACACCGACCGUGAACUAGCAGCUAUGUACUUCUAGAGCGGGUUAGGCUCAUCUACCGUUCCGUCAAGUACCAGAUAGUUAAAGCAAUAAGUAGAACAUGAGGUACAAAGUAUUUCUGAAGUACUUGCAUGGUUUCGAGUGACUAACAUCUCUGAGGUAAAUAUACUAAAGGGGUUGGAGAGGGGGUUGGGGUCCCAGCUUUAAGGUACAUGUAAUCAAAAUUUUGCAUUGCUUAUGUUAUCUUAAAUUUUACAUUCUAGAGAUCAAAUCCUAUCUGUAAGGAAUUUUGUAGAGCAUUCUUCCCUUGCAGGACACUGUGCAGUUUGCUCCACUUGUAUUUGGAUCAUGAAUACAAUGAUAUCUCACUUGACUGGUGAGGUUUCUAGAGCUGGUUCACAGAUGCAACUGUCUUCAGGAUAAUAAUAAUAAUAGUCCGUUCUUGUAUAGCGCAUAAUACUUAGUCUCUAUGCACUUGCAAAGAGCUUCAGAAAUUAUUACCCUAGCUUUAGCUCCGGCUACAGAUAUCGGUGCGCAUUGCCUUUCAAGAAUAUUCCUACCAGGGGCCCAUUUACCUCACCUGGGUCGAGUGUGGCAACUGUAGGUAGCUUAUUCCUAUGCAGCAGCUGCAGGAAAGAUUUGUUUAUUUACUACAUGUAAUAAUUCCAUACUGAUUUUGAAAUUGUUAUUACCUUGGUUUUAGCUCCAAUAACUGUUUCCAGCACACAUGCAUUUUAAGGAAUAAUAACUGCCAAACACCCAUUUAAAAUGUGGGUGAAAAUGUCACUGUGUCUGAGGACAUGUGCUCCUCACAGAUUUUGAAAGAAUUAACUGAUAUAUUUGGCUGUUAAAAACAAUAAACCUAGAUAUCUGUUAAGCGCUUAAAGACGGUAUUCCGUUUUAAGUACAAUAUAGAUCCAGAUUAAUUAUUAGUAUUAGUAUUAUUAUAGCCAUGCAGGGGGCUGGAAAAGUGCUUAACAAAGAGCAGUGUGUUCAUUGUAUUGUCAUAAUUUUAGAUGUUUGACAGAGUAGAAACGAAAGGCUUGACCAAUAGUAUGGCAGUACAAAGAUGUAGUACAGGGGCCAUAUUCUGAAAACAAUGUUAUCUUUUAUGUUACAGAGAAUUAUGUUAAUUGCCAAAACAAACUAAAAAUAUGGGAAACUAACAAUUACCAUUGAAGCUUGAUUGAAGCUUGUAUGAAUGUCUCUUUUAACUUUACUUGAACGCUGCCAGCUUCGCGCAAAAACGUCAACCCAAUUACUUGUCCUUAUUUUGAUUUGUUGUGACAAUUAUUAAAUUAACAUAAUUUUAAUAACAGAAAAGAUAACAUCAUUCUCAGAAUACCACCCCAGUUUAUUCUUGAUUUUGUCAUCUCAAUUUUUCAAUUGAUAUUUGCAAAUCAAAACAAUCUUGUAGAAUUAUGAGUUGUGAAGGCUUAAUUCUGGCUAGAUUUUAUGGUAACUAGUUAUACGAAUUGUAACAAAAAAAUAAGAAUACCAUCCCAAUAUCAUAUCGUCAUAUGUUCACUUUUCAUAUUUCAGUGCAAAAUUAGAAGAAAUCUCUGAAAAUUAUUUUGCUUUGAAAUCUGCUUUAGCUUGUAGUGAUGGCAGCAAUAUUUUUUGUUCCCCUUGAAAAUGAAUUUCCCGUACCAAUAUUUUGCAUGAUUGAGGAUAGUGUGACUUAUUUUCAUUUCUAUGAUUUCUUUAGUGAGCUGAAAAUAUAAAGAGAUACUGUACGUAACUUCAACUUAAUAUCAUGUACUUGUGAACAAUUGUAUAAUAUUUAUAUUUAUUUCUAGCCAUAUAACACCAAAUAUGUAAUUAGCGAUAGUCGCUUUUGAGAGAGUAUCAAGUACUUGAAGUCAAAUAACAUGUUUGUGAUGCACUGUAUGCUACUAAGCUUGAUAAGCCAAUAUGUAAAAGCAAUUCAAUUGCUUGUAACUUCCAAAAUAUUGAUAAAAAGCUUAAUUUUAAUUGCUUUUACAAUUUUCAAAAGACAGUUGAGAUUGAAGAUAAUAUUUAAAAAGCACAUGGUUCAGAAUCUUUAUUUCC